UAAACGACAGUUUAGAAAUUUUAAAUUCCAUUUACCAAAAAUGCCCUCAAUACCCGCCAAAACUACACCCCAGAUGAUAAGGUGAGUCCGUCAAUUCCUCCAAAAUAUAAGGGUAUUACCGUCACAAAGCUAUCAAAAUCCUCAGCAACGGUCGGAGGAUCAGUUUCCCUCUGACUUCUUAGUCUUUUCAACUUCCUUCCAACUUUCUCGAGAAACAAACAGGGAAAAAACCCCCAAAAAACCCUUGUGAGAGUGUAUAGCUGGAGGAGCUGAGUUCGGAAUGAUGGCGACAACGGAGAUGAUGGUGAUGAUUGAAACGGCGGUGGAGUUUCUGCUGCCAUCGUGGUGGGAGGUGAAGGUGUCGGUCGCGGCGUCGCUGUUCGUGAUCGUCGCGUAUUGGUUUUUCUUGUAUAAAACGGACGAUUUCAGUCUUGAUCGAACGUCCAGUGCCGAAAGUGCUUCGACUGUGGCCAUGGAUGACGAGGAAAAGAUAGCCAAAAUAAAAGGAGAUUCUUCAACCAAUUCUGCAUAUUUAAUUAAGUUGGAACUGUUGGCAGCUAAGAAUCUUAUUGGUGCAAACUUAAAUGGCACAUCAGAUCCUUAUGCUAUGAUCACUUGUGGUUCAGAAAAACGGUUCAGUUCCAUGAUCCCAGGUUCAAGAAAUCCUAUGUGGGGAGAGGAAUUCAAUUUUUCUGUUGAUGAGCUUCCUGUCCAGAUUACUGUGACAAUAUAUGACUGGGAUAUAAUUUGGAAAAGUGCUGUUCUUGGUUCAGUGACUGUAACAGUCGAAAGUGAAGGUCAAUCUGGUGCAGUAUGGUAUACAUUAGAUAGCCCUUCUGGUCAGGUUUGUCUCCAUAUUAAAACAGUAAAACUCUCUGGAACUUCUUCCAGGGUUAUGAAUGGGUACACUGGGGCUAAUCCUAGAAGAAGAGCUUCUUAUGAUAAACAAGGGCCAACAGUGGUUCAUCAGAAGCCAGGGCCUCUGCAAACAAUAUUUAAGCUCCUUCCGGAUGAGGUUGUUGAACGUAGUUACUCAUGUGCACUUGAAAGGUCAUUCUUGUAUCAUGGCCGUAUGUAUGUCUCUGCAUGGCACAUAUGCUUCCACUCUAACGUCUUUUCCAAGCAAAUGAAGGUGAUUAUACCAUUGGGAGAUAUUGACGAGAUACGUAGGAGUCAGCAUGCAUUCAUUAAUCCUGCUAUAACAAUUAUUCUUCGUAUGGGUGCUGGUGGGCAUGGUGUACCUCCCUUAGGGAGCCCUGAUGGUAGAGUCAGAUAUAAGUUUGCAUCAUUUUGGAACAGGAAUAAUGCAUUGAGAGCAUUGCAACGGGCAGUAAAUAACUACCACACAAUGUUAGAAGCUGAGAAGAAGGAGAGGGCAGAAUCAGCACUGCGGGCACAUAGUAGUUCUAUCAGAAGUAGUAUUAGGGAGCCUAAGGUUUCUCAAGAUAAUGUGUGCAAACCUGAAAAGAUUCAAGCAUUUGUCAAAGAAGAGGCUCUUGUUGGUAUACACAAUAGUGUUUUACCUUGCACAGCUGAACAGUUCUUUACUCUAAUUUUAAGUGAUGAUUCUAGUUUCACAAAAGAGUAUCGCUCACAGCGGAAGGAUACUAAUCUUAAUAUUGGACAGUGGCAUGCGGCAGAUGAAUAUGAUGGUCAAGUAAGAGAGAUAACAUAUAGAUGUCUCUGUACCAAUCCCAUGUGUCCCCCGGACACAGGCAUGACAGAGUACCAGCAUGCAGUUCUAUCACCAGAUAAGAAAACACUUGUUUUUGAGACGGUACAACAGGCACAUGAUGUUCCAUUUGGAUCUUACUUUGAGAUUCACUGUCGGUGGUGUCUAGAGACCAAUAUUGAAAGCACAUGUGCCUUGGAUAUUAAAGUGGGUGCACAUUUUAAGAAAUGGUGUGUGAUGCAGUCCAAAAUCAAGUCAGGGGCUGUUAGUGAGAACAAGAAAGAGUUGGAGAUGAUGGUAGAUAUGGCUGGUUCAUAUGUCAAGUCAUGCACUUCCGGGGGUGAGACAAGCAAGUCAUUGCCAUCACCAUCGCCGUUGCCCUCUUCCUCUGUAACACAAGAUUUGUAAAUAAUAUUGUUCUCAUAUUUUUUCGGUUCAGUGUUGUACUGUUCUCUUGCAACUGCCCUUGAUCUCUCUGUGCUUCAUUUCGCCUUUUUCUCUGCUUAGAAAUAGUGUGAUGUAGAUUUUGAUAGUUAAAGAAUAUAUAUGAUCAAAUUUGAGCUGUUGUACACA